AUGAGGACCACCAACUCCGUAUUCACUCUUUUCCUCGUUGCGUCCGCAACUGCAGGCGCCAAUGCACAAUCAUGCGACUACAGCAAGGAAUCAAACUGUAUCAACCCGCAAACGAACGGCACAAAGACCUUCGAAUUCGAGCCCCUCUUCCCAUCGCAGGCAAGCCUCGUCUACGCCGUCGACUCCCUCAGCUCCGACGAACUGCAAUACAGCACAAUCGAGGACGCAACCGAAGCCCAACGCAUCGCCUUUUGGGUCCAAUACCCCGAAGUCCACGUCGACAAUGAGGACCUAGUGAUCUCGCAAGUAGGGAUGCUCUUCAGUAACGCGUCGCAGACCGUCAAGGGGGAUAAUGGCGGCUGCGACGGGAUUAUCGGGUCGGAGUGUGCGGACAAUCUCAAGGAUGUGCUCAAGUGGGGGAUCCUGAGACAUCUCGCCGAGGGUCAGAAUGCGUCGCUGUACCAGACCCUUGAUGAUCUGUAUGCGAAGCCAUUGACGAAUCUUUCCUGCCCCGGUGAUCUCUUCGAUGACUCCCCUCUUUAUCCGACUGUCGCAGGGAACGGAAGUUACGGGCGUGCCCUCGCAAUUGAAGCAACCUUCAACAACACCCUCGGCUGGAUGACACCCGAGCUCCUCCCGACUGGAAACGCCACAUCCACCUACUCAGCCCCGAUCGACCGCGCCCGCAGCUAUAGCGCGCAACUCGACAAGAUCGGCGUGGGCAUUCUCGCGCGCGUCCCUGUUUACCUGGAGCCUGUGCUGAACUGGCAGACGAUGGAGUACGAGGGGGAGAAGAAUGUCACAUUUGAGGAGAUUGAUGUCGAGUUUGUUUGUCUUUCGGCGGGGGAUGCAGGCGACAGUGAGAGUCAGGAUGAGAGCCAGAGUCAGAGUGGCGAUGAUGAGAGUGGGAGUGGAGGUGCAGGUGCUGAAGAUGAUGAUGAUGAAAACUCCGCGGCGAGGGUGUCGGGCUUCGUCUUGCCGAUUGUUGUUGCGGGCCUUGCGGUGGUUUCUGGGUUGUUCUAA